AUGGCGAAUAAUAUGAACACUUCCAAAAGGGAAUUUUUGGAAAAUUCAACACUGAGUGAUCAUGACCAAAAAGAUGGUAGUGGAGUGUUUGUGAAAGUAAGGAAGGAAAGUCUCGCCUUGUUAUCGAUAGAAGAUGGUUUUCCAAAUCCAAUACUCGUCGUUGUUACAUUCGCAAUUCUUGACAGAAUCAUGCGUAUACAGUCGAAAAACAAGACAAAUAUGAGAUAUCAUGAACCAUCACUGGGAUCGGCCUAUCCCACAUUCUUAAAUAUAAAAUUUGAAUGCCAGGUACUGUCCACUAAAGAAGCAGAAAGAACCCUCGGUUUUGUCACGGUUGAAGAAAAUCGGCAACAAUUCCCCACAUUAAAAGCUCUUCGGGAAACGACCGAAAUCUCGGUAGUUGAGGAGGGAAGUUGUCGCAGUGAAUGCUUCCGAAUCAAAUCAUGA